AUGCCUGGUAUAAGUGAUGGCUGGAUGUCUCAUGGCCGAAUAUCAGGCACUUCAUGUCGUCUUGUUUCCUUGCAGUUCACUUCUUCGGCAAUUUCCAUGAAGUCCACAACUACAUUUUCCCUACACACAACUAUGGCACUAUCCUCAGCGUUUACGGCUAGAAACCUUGGGUGUGACUCAUGUGUGGCCGAAGGAACACCAUGCAAGCAAUAUUCGGCUGGACGUGCAUGGCAUCAAGAAAUGCACAAUACGCAGCUGACGGCCAUGGUUCUGCAGGGCCCAGGGUGUGGUCAUUGCAUGAUCAUGAAGCAAGACUGCAUCGGUCGUCUGAAUGAAGCUUGUGUUGCGUGCAAGCAGCAGUGCAGCCAUGAUGAACAUGGAGCAUCACACAAUUCUUCAAGUGACUUGGUCACGUUGGGAAAACAGCUGAACAAUUGCGAUUCCGGCAGGAGAAAGAAGAGAAAGCUCCAUGCCGAAAAAAGGCAGUGGUUGGAAGUAGAGGUCAGGAGGGUGGAGAAGGAUCUGGCAGACAUGAAGGAGAUUCGCAGGAGCACCCUGAGACGGUGCGAAGAAUUAGAGGAAUGGCUGUGCUACAUCAAGAAGUCUUUGAUGAAGAAGUAG